AGAAGGUUACAAGAAAGAACAAAUACCAAGACUAGUAGUUUAGUGUUUUUUAUUAAAUCAACUAAGACCGUAGACUCUGAAUCAGUCGGUCAAGAUCUUCUUGCUGUCUGCUAUCCUUCAACACGAUUUUUUCAGAGAGGAAACAUCUUGUCAUCUGCUUCGAUGUUUCAGAUUAAUUCUGAUGAAACAACCAACAAACAGCUCAACAAGACCUUUCCUAUAUAACCCCGUCGCAACAUCUCCCUUCUCCCAUUGAGUUUACUAACUUCAUUUUUUUUACAGCAGCUUAGUCUCACCAAAACAACAAGAACUUUCAACAAACAGCUUAAGCUCAGAAGCUUACGAAGUGACAUCAAUGGAGAAGCCAGCAGCCACUGCAACAAGCCAAUAUUUGGAAUCCUUUUUGCAGGAACCAUGUGUCCCGCCGGAAAGGCGGAACCGGAAACGGUUCUCACCGAAAGAGAAGUAAUCAAGAAAAGGAACAUGAAUAAGGACGAUGACAUGGAGCUGGGACAUGAAGAUAUAAACACCAUGAUGAGAAACAUAGGCCUGGAUUUCGAUCAAGAAAACAGUAUGGUCUGCAAGUGCAUUGGCAAUGACUGUAUUGCUAAGAUUUUCGAUGAGCAUGAGCCCAGCUUGCAGGAGGUAUGGCAGGCAUUCUUGGUGUUUGAUCACAACAAUGACGGGUACAUCGACGCGUCGGAUUUGGAGCGAGUGCUCCGGAGUCUAGGAUUAGGGGAAGGUGUAGGUGUGGAUGAGUGUGAGCAGAUAAUUGCCAAAUACGACCUGAACAAUGACCGGAGAAUAGAUAUAGCAGAGUUCACCAAGGUUUUGGAGGCUGGCAUUUGCUAGUUUUCUAUGUGUAUGAUUGCUUCAAUGCCCAAGAAGCAAAAGGAUUGAUAUGCAGAACAGGAUGCCGAGAGUUGGUUUCGAAAA